AUGAUGCAGUCGUUGUUGAGCACGAAGACGUGCCUGGGUGUGGGGUUACCGGUUUUAACGAACUCCGAGGAAAGGAGUACGAGGAGGAGGAUGCAAAGCGUGAAUUGUAGGAACCAUAGGAAUUGGAGGAGUGUGGUUGUGUCGUGCGGUUCGAAGAGGAACCAGAACGAGGGAAUUGACGAGACUGGAUGGUCGAAUUCGAGGUCGUUUUUGUCUCCGAGUCACAGCUACGCGAUCUUGAAGCACCGGAUGGAGAUAGCGGCAAAGUCCGAGCAUUACGAAGAGGCUGCGAGGAUUCGUGACUCGCUCAAAUGCUUCGAGGACGAGGUUCCUGUUCUGCGUCUGCGGAAAUUGUUGAAGGAAGCUGUUGCUGACGAGAGAUUUCAGGACGCAGUUAGAUAUCGUGAUCAGCUAAAAGAAAUUGCUCCACAUUCUCUCUUAAAAUGUUCAAGUGAUGCUACAACCUUGGGAAUUCGGGUGCAAGUUAAGAGUGUAUAUUUAGAGGGCAGAAGUCAACCUACAGAGGAGGUAUAUUUCUUUGAAUAUAGAAUCAGAAUUACAAAUAACACAAAUCGCCCAGUUCAACUUCUCAGAAGGCACUGGAUUAUAACUGAUGCUAAUGGAAAAACUGAAAAUUUCUGGGGAAUUGGGGUUGGUGGUGAACAGCCUGCUAUAUUUCCUAGGAGUAGUAUUGAGUUCUCUUCUACAUGCCCUUUAAACUCACAAAAUGGUAGAAUGUUUGAUCUUCCCAUUGAACAGAAAACCAGAUGUUUAAAUCUCUCUGCUAUAAUACAGGAAGGUGACUUUGAGAUGAUACAUGUUGAUCGAGUAGGUCCAAGAGCAUUUAACGUGGCCGUUGAACCUUUUUCUCUCUCUCUACUUGGAGAUGAUGAUGACGGUGAAACUAUUUGA